UAACAAUUUAGUGGACUAAAGAGUCCCAUUUUAAAGCACAGUGGAAGCCGUUUGACUUCAUGUUGAAGCUUCGCAGCCUUACCUUAGUUGAGUUUAGCUCGCUAGCUAAGACACGUUAAUGUAUUCCGAUUGUUUUGGUUUAACGCCACUUGCCCACUUCGAAUUUGCAAACCUGGUUUUCAGGAAAAGUAGAUCGGUUAACUUGAGAAUGAUUACAUUUAAUUAUAUAAGACCCUUCUCGACUUGUCUUGAAGAUGCCUCAAAUUACUACUGACUGAAGGCCAACGCAAAGGGUAGGCAUGGAAAAUGAGGAGAGGAAAUCCAGGUCACGACGAACAACUAAAAAACUAAAGAAAAUGAGGUGUCCCACAGAUGUCACUGUAGAAGAUCUUCACCAUGAGAAGCACGAUCCCCUCCACGUUAAACAGGAAGAGGAGUCCGAGAUGCCGUGCAUCAAACAGGAGGCAGAACCAGAGACCCCCGACAUUAAAGAAGAAGACCAGGAAGUUGGAAUCCCCAAAUUUCCAGUGAGUGUCGGUGUGAAGAGCGAAGAAGACGAAGGACCAAGCGAAGAGAGCGGAGUAGCGAACCCUUUGAGCGACAGCUCAUUUCAGCACGUGACAACAAAAGGAGAGAAACCGGACGGCCUCUUAGCUCCGCUUUCAGACAGCGACGACAUAACGUCACAUUCUUCUGACUUUAAUAAUGAUGAGGAGGAGGAUGACUUUGACCAAAAUGCUUCGAAAUCUUCAGACAAGUCAUUACUGAAAAAAGACACAAAGGAAUGCGUGGUUGGGAAACCUUUCACUUGCACACUUUGCGGUAAAAGAUUCAUCGAUAAGAAAGGUUUAAACAAACACACGAGCAGACACACUGGAGAGAAGCCUUUCGCCUGCACACUUUGUGGUAAAAGGUAUUCUAGGAAGACUCAUUUAGAAAGACAUAAGCCUACACACACUGGAGAGAAGCCUUUUGCCUGCACACUUUGCGGUAAAAGAUUCACUGAGAAGGGAGUUUUAAACAAACACACAAGCACACACACUGGAGAGAAGCCUUUUGCCUGCACACUUUGUGGUAAAAGAUUUAUCGAGAAGGGACGUUUAAACAGACAUACCAGAAACCACACUGGAGAGAAGCCUUUCGCCUGCACACUUUGUGGUAAAAGAUUCAUUCAGAAGACUGAUUUAGAAAGGCAUAGGCGUACACACACUGGAGAAAAGCCAUUUGUCUGCUCACUUUGUGGUAAAAGAUUCACUGAGAAGACUGAGUUAGAAAGGCAUAAGCGUAUCCACACUGGAGAAAAGCCUUUUGCCUGCACACUGUGUGAUAAACGAUUCAUCUACAAGGGACGUUUAAACAGACAUACCAGAAACCACACUGGAGAGAAGCCUUUUGCCUGCACAAUUUGCAACAAGAGAUUUAAUUUUAAGAGUGAUUUAGAAAGGCAUAAGCGUACACACACCGGAGAGAAGCCUUUUGCCUGCACACUUUGCGGUAAAAGAUUCACCGAGAAGGGAAUUUUAAAGAAACACACAAGAACACACGCUGAAGAGAAGCCUUAUGCCUGCACACUUUGUGAUAAAAAAUACUCCAAGAAGGCAAAUUUAAAUAUUCACACAAAAACACACUCUGGAGCGAAGCCUUUUGCCUGCACCCUUUGCGAUAAAAAUUUUUCUCAGAAGACUGAUUUAGGAAUACAUAAGCGCACACACACCGGAGAAAAGCCUUUUGCAUGCUCACCUUGUGGUAAAUGAUUCGCUCAGAAAGGAAAUUUAGUAAUCCACGCAAGAAGCCACACUGAGUAAAAACCUUAAAAUUAUAGCGUGUGACAAAAUAUUCUGAUUCCUGCAUUUACAGUGGAAAAAGCAUUUCAAUUUCAUUAUUCAGUUUCCCAUGAGCCUCUUUUGAAAAAGUUGUUGAAAUAAUUUUUCAGGUGCUUUUCUUUUUUUACAACUAUCGUAUACACAUUAGGGGUGUAACGGUACACAAAAUCUCGGUUCGGUACGUACCUCGGUUUUGAGGUCACGGCUCGGUUCAUUUUCUACGGUGGCCGAGAGAUGUCAGGCGAAAUGCAAAGUC